AUGUAUUGUCGAGAUCAAAGUCUUGGUGUCCGUAAAAGUGUCCUCUUACAAACUCGUGCAAUACAUUCUUGUGCUUGGCAUGCAAGUUUUGAAACUCGUGCAAUGCUGUAA